AUGGCGCCCCGAUUGGAGGGCGCCACGUCCUCCGCAUCGCAAUCCGUAGGCGGCCAAUCGCAGAAGCAUCAGCAGCUGACGCGCCUCAUCCCGAAAAAAACAUACAAGCCGCUGCUAAGCCUUGAGGUCUUUUACACAGGCGGCCACGUGGCAGUCUUUCCGGAUGGACGCCACGUGGCAUGUCCUUGCGCUGACGUGGUAAAGGUCGUCGAUCUCACCACGGGGAAGGUCGUGCGGACGUUGGAGGGCGACGGAGAGCCAAUCACAGCCGUCGCCGCGAGUCCAGAUGGCGUGUCCGUAUUGGCCAGCUCGCGCAGCCUGCAGACGCGCUGGUGGAACUGGCGCACGGGGGAGUGCAAGCGGUCGUGGAAGGCGCACCCCGCGCCAGUGUCGUGCCUGGCGAUAGACACGAGCGGGGGACUGCUGGCGACAGGGGGGGCGGACAGGGGCGUGCGCGUGUGGGACCUAGAGGCGAAUGCAUGCACGCACUCGUUCACGGGCAUGGGAGGGGUGCUGUCGCAAGUGGCCUUUCACCCCGACCCGAAUCAGCUGCUGGUGAGUGUGUUGCAGGCAAGUGAAAGAAAGCAGUCAGGUAGCUGGGCAGGGAGACGGAUAGGGAGGGGGGGGGCGGACAGGGGCGUGCGCGUGUGGGACCUUGAGGCCAAUGCAUGCACGCACUCGUUCACGGGCAUGGGAGGGGUGCUGUCGCAAGUAGCUUUUCACCCCGACCCAAACCAGCUGCUGGUGAGUAUCAAGUCGACAUCCCCAGGAACGGGUUUAGUGGCGCCUCAAAACUCGUUUCACAAUCUCUCUCCUGCCAUCCCACCUCCUCUCCGCCCUCCCCCCCUCUUCCCCCAAACAGCUGAGAGCGGGCUGGUGCGGGUGUGGGACCUGGUGACCAAGCGCCCAGCAGCCUCUCUGGAUAAGCAUUUCUCCACAGUCACUGCUAUCGCCUUCUCACCGUCGGGAUGGCUGCUGCUCACUGCUAGUCGUGACAAGGUGGUAAACAUAUGGGAUAUUCGCACCUAUGCCCACGUCACCACCAUCCCCGUUUUUGAGUCCCUCGAAGGCCUCGCUAUAGUCACACCCCCUAUAGCCCCAGAAUUUCCUGCCAUUCCCCCCACUGCUGCUGCUGCUGCUGCUGCUGCUGCUGGGGGGGAAGCAGAGGGGGGGAAGGGGGAGAAGGGAGAGAAGGGGAGGAAGGGGGAGAAGGGGAAGAAGAGUAGGGAGGAGAUGGGGGAACGAGAGGUGGUGUGGUUUGUGAGUGUGGGCGAGAGGGGUGUGAUGCGGUUGUGGCGGUCAGACAAGUCAACGGCGGUCUUGGAGCAACGGGCAGCUGAGGUGGCAGGCGGGCAGCAGAAAACAGGCACGGAGGCCAAUGACGAAGCGCCAGCUGGCGGUGGGUUUUUGUCUGCGCAGUUUCUGGGCUUGGAUGGAGGAAGGGGAGUAGGGGGAGGAAAGGGAGGAUGCAGGUUAUUGUGUACCACUGCAGAUCAACGGCUGUUAAUAUACCAGCCUGUCAACGUGAUUGUAACGAAACAGCAGCAGCAGCAGCAGCUGCAGCAGCAGUUUCUUGCCAUGUGUCAGCAGCUGAUUGGGCAGAACGACGAGAUCGUGGACGUGCGAUUCGUCCUUGACCCCUCCUCUUCAUUUCUGGAUGCAGUGGGAGAGGGAGAUGAAGGGGAAGAGACUGAGAGAGAAGGUGGGGGAAGGGAGGUAGAGGAGGGGGAGGAGGAGGGAGAGGACGGAGCUGAGGGGAUAAGGAAGGCGUUGAGAGGGGUGGAGAGGAAUCUGCAGCUGGCGGUGGCAACCAAUAGCGAGCAAGUGCGCGUGUACGACGUGGCGACCGCCAGCUGUCGCCGUUCCCUGAUUGGCCACUCGGACAUCGUGCUGUGCAUCGACGCUUACCCCCACCCCUGCUCCGUGCCUCGUGCCCUUCUUGGCCCUCCUGCUGCUCCUGCUGCUGCUGCUGCUGCUGCUGCUGCUGCUGCUGCUGCUGCUGAUGGCGCUACUGCUAGUGCUGAUGGUGAUGGUAAAGGUGGUUCUUCCGAUUCGGUUCCAGUUUCUCUGCUCGCCUCGUCUGCUAAAGAUCACUCUGUGCGAAUUUGGGACGUCACUACUGGCACCUGUUUAGCAAUGGGUUCAGGACACGUGGCAGCUGUUGCUGCCGUGGCGUUCUCUCAGAGGCCGCCGCCAGAUCAGCCUGCAGGAGGCGGGAAAGGGGGAGGAGCCGGGCCCUUCUUGGUCUCUGGAUCCAGUGAUCGCACGCUUAAAGUCUGGCCGCUCGCGGCCCUCCUUUCCUCCUCAGCAGCAGCGCUGCCUCGUGGGAGGGGUGGUGUGCUUCGUCUCAAGUCAGGUGCCACAGUGGCAGCACACGACAAGGACAUCAACGCUGUAGCUGUGGCUCCCAAUGAUGGCCUCGUGUGCUCCGGCUCCCAGGUGAUGUUGGGUGGGCCUCCGGACCGCACGGCCAAGGUGUGGCGCCUGCCUGAUUUGUCCCUCUCGGUCACACUAAGGGGCCACAAGCGUGGCGUGUGGUCUGUCGCCUUCUCCCCCGUGGACCGCUGUGUGCUCACGGCAUCAGUCGAUGUUCCUUCUGUUUCCCGCCUUGCUCUCUUCCCCCCCUACAGGACCGCACGGCCAAGGCGACGCCACGUGCCGCAUCUGGGCGCUGGCGGAUGGCAGCUGCUUGCGCACGCUUCAAGGGCACGAGGCAUCACAUCGGGUGACGCCACGUGCCGCAUCUGGGCUCUGGCAGACGGCAGCUGCCUGCGCACACUGCAGGGGCACGAGGCGAGCGUGCUCAAGGCCUUAUUCGUGACCCGAGGCACGCAGGGCAGGUAUGUGGGCACUGGCUCUUCUGUGGACGUGUCAUGUCGUGCGCUGUGUGGACUGGGAUGGCCGCAUCUGGGCACUGGCAGAUGGCAGCUGCCUUUUGAGGCGCCUCAAAAGUCGCAUCUGGGCUCUGGCAGAUGGCAGCUGCCUUUUGAGGCGCCUCAAAAGUCGCAUCUGGGCUCUGGCAGAUGGCAGCUGCCUUUUGAGGCGCCUCAAAAGUCGCUUCUGGGCUCUGGCAGAUGGCAGCUGCCUUUUGAGGCGCCUCAAAAGUCGCAUCUGGGCUCUGGCAGAUGGCAGCUGCCUGCGCACACUGCAGGGGCACGAGGCCUCGGUGCUUCAAGGCCAUAUUUGUCACCCGAGGCACGCAGGGUCGGAGAUGCUGGCGACACACCCACCCAGCCCCCUCAUCUCCCCCCCUCCCUUCCCCAGUUUCUCCCCCCUCCCCCCAUCUCCCCUUCUCCCUUCCCCAGUUUCUCCCCCCUCCCUUCCCCAGUUUCUCCCCCCUCCCCCCAUCUCCCCGACCUCUCUCCGCCUCUCACAGAUAUGGGCGUUGGCAGUGAGCCCAGGGUCGGAGAUGCUGGCGACAGGUGGCAGCGACUCAAAAGCCACCCGGCCUCUUCAUCCCCCUCUCCCCCUCUCUUCCCCCCCCUCACCUCCACCUCUCUCUGCCGCCUGCAGAUAUGGGCGCUGGCAGUGAGCCCAGGAUCGGAGAUGCUGGCGACAGGUGGCAGCGACUCAUUGGUGCACGUGUGGCAGGACUGCACGCAGCAGGAGCAGCAAGAGGCCGCCCUGGAGCAGGUGAUGGCGGUCAAGGCAGUACAGCAGGAGCAGGCGAUGCGCAACGCAGCUGUAGCGGAGGACUAUGUGACGGCGCUACAGCUGGCGCUGCAGCUGCAGCGACCCACCACCAUGGCAGCACUGCUCUCAGAUCUCAUGAAGAAGGAAGGUGCGGAGGAGAGGAUAGGAGGGGCGGUGGCGGGGCUAGAACCCACACAGCUGCGGCAGCUGCUGCUGUACGCACGUGAAUGGAACACCAACGCCAAGCUGUGCUUGUCGGCGCAACGCCUGCUGGCUGCAGUGUUGAAGCACCACCCCCCAGCAACGCUCAUGCAGAUCCCAGGAAUCGGGGAGAUUCUGGACGGGCUGCAACCAUACACGCAGCGCCACCUGGCGCGUCUCGAGCGCGUGUUGCGGAGCUCCUACCUUGUCGACUACACUCUCGCCGCCCUCACCAUGCUACAGCCGACCGCUGACCUGGCGGUGCAUGCUGACGUGGCGCUACAGCCGGGUGCUGAGCUGGCGCUGAUGGACGGCAAAGCUGCCCUGGUGCUACAGGCCAAAGCUGCCGCCCAGGAGAGGCCUUCUGGUUUGGAAGUACUGAAGGAGAAGGUGAGGAGGGAGAGUGAGAGGGGGGAAAGAGGUGAGAGGGGGAGAGGGGAGGAGGGGAAGGGAGAUGGGAGUGAGAAGGGAGGAGGGGAAUAUAGUGAGGUGGAUGCUGCUAUGAAGAUGUGGAGGUAUCUGGAGAGUAAGAGAGAGGAGGAAUUGAAGGGGAAGGAGGGUAAGGGAGAGGGAGAGGAAGAGGAGAGGGAGGAUGGGGAAGAGGAGUUGGAGGAAGGGGAAGAGGAUUUGGAGGAAGGAGAGGAGGAAAGGGAAGAUGGAGAGGAGAAUGGGGAAGUAGAGGGGAGUGAGGAGGACGAGGAAGAAGGUGGGGAGGAGGAAGGAGAGGAGGCAGGGGAGGAAGAGUCAGAGGAAGAGAUAGAAGAAGAGGAAGAGGAAGGAGAGGAAGGGGAAGAGGAAGGAGAGGAAGGGGAAGAGGAAGGAGAGGAAGGGGAAGAGGAAGGAGAGGAAGGGGAAGAGGAAGGAGAGGAAGGGGAAGAGGAAGGAGAGGAAGGGGAAGAGGAGGACGCAGGAGAAGAGGCUGAAGAAGAAGCAGAAGGGACAGGGGAGGAGGAAGAGAGCGAAUCAGAGGAGGAGGAGGAAGAGGAGGAGGAGGAAGAGGAGGAGGAGCACCGUGGCAGGCAGGCAAGAGUCCAAGCCCUGGUGCACAAGGGAAAGAAAGGGGUUGAGAAGCAAAUGAGCGCGGCACACAAAGGUCCGGCGGCACAGAAGCGUGUUUCCAAGAGCAAAGCACAGACAGCAGGACAUGCUGUGCCUAGCAAGAAGCAGAGGAUGAGAUGA